AUGAAAACGUAGAAUUGCACUUGUCUAAGAAUUUCUCGUUUUCAUACAAAAGUUUAAAACAAAGGAAUCUAACUUUGUGAGAGUCAACAUGGUUGUCUCUACAACUAAAAAUCCUGAAGCUAUGGAUGUUGAAAUAAUUUUUGAAGGUCAAAAUGGUGAUAAAGAUGUUGGUGACAAAGUGGAUGCUGAUCUUCAAUCAAUUCAUGACAUUCGUGACCAUACUCGGCAAAUAGAAAAGGCUGUUCAAAGCAAAGAACCUCGUUUUAUUUUAAGAGCUUUACGUACAUUGCCUAAUACACGUCGCAGACUAAACUCUAAUGUGUUACGGGCAAUAAUUCUAAGUUUUUAUGUAAAACCAUGUAUAGAACGUGAUGCAUUAUUAUCAUGGUUAGAAGAAUCUACAGAAUCAGAUGAAACACAAAAACUUCGCAUUUCUACUAUGAACCCAUUACCUGAAAUUGAUGCUUACAUUCAUUUAUUAGUUCUUGUACGCUUAAUUGAUAUUGGAAAGCAUGAUGAAGCUGUUCAAUGUUCAGAGGCAUUGUUACAAAAAAUUAUUGCUCAAAAUAGACGUACAAUUGAUUUAAUUGCUGCAAAAUGCUAUUUCUACUAUUCGAGAGCAUAUGAAUUAGUUGGGAGAUUGGAUAAAAUUCGUGGAUUAUUACACCUGAGGCUAAGAACAGCAACACUUAGAAAUGACUUUGAAGGACAAGCAGUAUUAAUUAAUUGCUUAUUACGGAAUUAUUUGCAUUACAAUUUGUAUGAUCAAGCAGAUAAACUUGUACUGAAAUCAACUUUCCCAGAAUCUGCCAGCAAUAAUGAAUGGGCUCGAUUUUUAUAUUAUUUGGGUCGCAUUAAAGCAGCUAGACUGGAAUAUUCUGCUGCACACAAAUAUUUAGUACAGGCUCUGAGAAAAGCUCCUCAAAGUACAGCAGUAGGUUUUCGUCAAACAGUUCAAAAACUAGCUGUGACAGUAGAACUGUUACUUGGAGAUAUCCCGGAACGUCAAACAUUUAGACAAGCUGCUAUGCGUCGUGCGUUAGCACCAUAUUUUCAACUUACCCAAGCUGUGCGUUUAGGAAAUCUUCAACGUUUUGGGGAGGUUUUAGAAAAUUUUGGUCCACAGUUUAGAGCAGACCAUACAUUUACUUUAAUUCUCAGAUUGAGGCAUAAUGUUAUAAAAACGGCAAUUAGAUCAAUUGGGCUAUCCUAUUCUAGAAUUUCUCCUGCAGACAUUGCAAAAAAAUUGGGUUUGGAUUCUAGUGUUGAUGCAGAAUUUAUCGUUGCUAAAGCUAUUAGAGAUGGUGUAAUUGAAGCUACUUUAGAACCAGAAAAUGGAUAUAUGCGUAGCAAAGAAACUACAGAUAUUUAUUGCACUAAGGAACCAUUACUUGCGUUUCACCAGAGAAUUACUUUUUGCUUAGACUUACACAAUCAAAGUGUUAAAGCUAUGAGAUAUCCUCCAAAAUCGUAUGGAAAAGAUCUUGAAUCGGCAGAAGAACGUAGAGAAAGAGAGCAACAAGAUUUAGAACUUGCUAAAGAAAUGGCAGAAGAAGACGAUGAUGGAUUUCCUUAA